UUCUAAUGUUGAUCGCGAGAAAUAUACUGAUGUAUUCGUACUUCUUCCACUCUCAACGCUAUAUUCAAAUAAUCGAACCCGCUUAGCGCGUGUCGCGCGCGUAAAUAAUCGAUUCCUCGCGAUGAUGACUAGAAUCGCCAUGUGUCUAGUGACACAAACAAGCUGGUAGCACUGUCACGUCCACUGUCGGCGUGUUAAUCGGAUGUGAAUUCUAGGCGACGAUAUGAUCGCAAGUGACGGGUGUGAUAACACGCGUCACGUUAUCAUGAGUGUCGCAAUUUAAAGUUCAGUCUAAAAAUUUUUUUCUCCGUUUUUUUUUUAUGUAUUUUCGAAAAUCACGAGUGCGAGUGAGUGACACGUAAAAAGAAGAGAACGAGGAGAGAGCGAACGCCGCGGAAGCGCCGUGGGUUGCGCGCGACAAUGAGUCUCAACUUAACCAAGUUCUUCUCGAAGAAGAGGAGUGGCCCUCCAGUCGACAAUGUGGCCACGGAAAUCGGGCUGCCGACCAACGUCUCGCAUCAGUUCCACGUGAGCAAGAACGCCGAGACCGGCCAGCUGGAGGGUCUGCCGGACUCGUGGAUGCGUCUGCUCAACACGCAAAUCUCCAAGUCGGAGCAGAACGAGCAUCCGGACGCCGCGCUCCACGCGAUCAAAUUUUACAAUUACUCGAUCAAACGGAAACCACAGGACCAGGAAGUCUUCAAGCCGUUUGUCACGCAGGAUUUGAUCGAGGAAGAAUCGCAGGAGAUCGAUAACAUCCUGACAACAAAGAAGUAUCGUUCGGUUAGCUCCGACGACGACGUUCUCACUGCUCGAAAUUCGACAGACAUCCAUCAGGUGCAGAGGUUACCCGAGCUUCCUCCGAAGAAGUCACCCAAACCGCCCCCGAAACCGGCACCGCGCAAAUGCAACGACCGAGUGGAGAAGACUCUCACCGAGAUACUGGAGGAUCUGAACUUGAGCGAGUAUCAGGAUUACGAAACCCCGUCACCGGACACGGAGGAGGACGUGACGUUGAACAGAUUCGAAGAGAGUCCGAUCCUGCGACGAAAGACCGAGUGUACUAGCGGAAGACUCAAUGAUGAACAAGUGUACGAGGAACUCAGAACCAUUUGUCAACGAGGUGAUCCUCAUCUGCGCUUCGAGAAGACCAAGGAAGUGGGCGCAGGUGCUUCAGGAAUUGUGUUCAUCGCUACCGAUCUCCAGUAUAGUCAGAAAGUAGCCAUAAAGGACAUUGAUCUGUCAAAGCAGCCAAAGAAGGAACUGAUAUUAACAGAGAUCAAAGUCCUCAAGAAGUUUCAACAUCCGAACCUGGUGAAUUUUCUCGACGCUUACCUCGUAGACGAGCAUCUCUGGGUCGUAAUGGAGCUGCUCGAGGGCGGACCGCUCACAGACGUGGUCACCGAGACCGUGAUGAAGGAAGUACAGAUCGCGGCUGUUUGCAGAGAGGUCUUGAAAGCAAUAAACUUCCUGCACAGCAGAGGCAUUAUCCACAGAGACAUUAAGUCGGACAAUGUGUUGUUAGGGAUGAACGGUGCGGUGAAGGUCACAGACUUUGGUUUUUGUGCCAACAUCGACGGUGAUGAGAAACGUCAGACCAUGGUCGGCACUCCGUACUGGAUGGCACCAGAGGUGGUAACGAGGAAGCAGUACGGCAAGAAAGUGGACAUCUGGUCGUUGGGAGUGAUGGCUAUCGAGAUGAUCGAAGGGGAGCCGCCUUACAUGAAGGAGACUCCACUGAGAGCUCUAUACUUAAUCGCCGCAAUUGGCAAACCUUCCAUUCCUAGAUGGGACAGCCUCAGUCCUACGUUCCAAAAUUUUCUCGAGCGAUGCCUCACUGUGGAGGUCGACGAGAGAGCGACAGCCGAGGAAUUACUGUCUCAUCCGUUCCUAGAAAAUUGCGCGGAACUAACGACACUCACGCCGUUGAUUCGUGCAGCGCAGAGAAUUCUUCAAAAGGCGUUCCAGUAGAUUUCUUACAAAUUCCGAAUAAUGUCUGUAUUGUUUCGUUGCUGCAUGUUCUGAAAAAAGUAUUUCGUAAGCUGAAAGGCUACAAAAGAAGUAUUUCUCAUAUUGUAUUGUGUUGUGUCUGAUUGUAUUUUGUUUUAAGUUUCCCUGACUGCCCGAGAGAUAAGUUUUAUUGUCUUUUACUAGUGGAUUAAUAAUGCGAUGUAACAAUGUAAACACACAUAGCACUUGAUACAGUCAUUUCAUCACUUGUGCUACUUAAUUAAUAUCAAUUGUUAUUAAAUUACAUCCAAAACAAGUAUCAUUUGUAAAUGUGCUUGUUUAGAUUUUUUCUAAUUUACGACAAAAUAAACCGUCUGUGCAAUAUUAUUAAGAAUAAUUUUUAAGACAAUGAAAAACAUGAGAAAAUACAGUUUUGUAAAAUUAUUAAAACGCGCGCGCACAUAUAAACACAUUUGUAUCUAAAUAUAUAGUUUUGUAGAAAAAAAAUUUUACACGCUUCUACUUUGAUAAAAUAUACAUCUUUUUGAGAAAACUUUUGUAAGAGAGCGUGACAUUGCUCAAAGAAAGAAAAGUAUCAUAUGUAUAUUCAUAUAGUUAUUUUAUAUACAAAAAUAAUGUAAAUAGACAUUCAAUCAUGUUUAUAAUAUAAAGAAUAGAAAUACAUAUAUACACACGAUAUGAUUGCAUUAUUCUAAAGGAUGAAUAUUUCUAGAUAUUUUAAGAUGAUUUUAUAAACAGUAACAUCAAGUCAUAAUCACGACUGUGAUAAGUGAAAGUUAAGUUAUACUCUAUUAUUUUCUAUACUUUAAUGUGCUCUAUACUUUAAUGUGCUCUAUUUGUGUGUCGAAUAUGUUAUAUUAUACCAUUAUCGUGUAUCGAGAAUAUUAAAAUGCAACAGUAAUAUAAACAAUUGUUAUCUGUCUAUACAAACAGUGUAAAUACAGAUAACAAGAUAGCGUUAUGUGUUUAAAUGCGCAUGCAGUAUGAAUCCAAACAGUAUUGCGAUUAUUUGCGCGCGAUUUUUGAAUAAAAAAAGAAAAAAAUAAAUAACUAUUGUGUUAUUUCCAUUUUAUCGAUUUUUGUAAGAUGUGUUUAGUUCUACGUAAAAAUAAUAAAAAAGUAAAAUUAACGAAAACAUAAAAUUCCAGUAACACGUUAUAAAAUAAUCUAACAUUCAUGUGCCUUAUCGACUAAAUAGGUAUGUCUCUAACUAUAUAAUGACUGACAAAAAUAUUGCUAUCAACGAUCACAAAAAAAAAAAAAAAAAAAAAAGGAUUUUG